AAAAUGGGUUUCGAUUACUACGCUAUUUUGAACAUCCCCCGAAAGGCAUCCGAUGUUGAGAUCCGAUUGGCAUACCGAAAAUGGGCCGUUCGCUGCCAUCCGAAAAACGACUUCCACGAUCCACCGGAGAUUCCUUUCCCAUCGAUGCCACUGGAACACUAUUGGGAACUUCUGAAUGAAGCAUUCGAUGUACUUUCCAAUCCCCUUCGGAAACAGAUUUACGACGUUUACGGAGAGGAAGGUUUGAAAUUAGGUGUCGUCACACCAACUGGAUUCGUUGAACCCUACGUUUUCACGAACGAUUGCAUGAAAAUUUACAAGGAAUUCUUCGCCACCUACUCGCCGUACGGAAAUCUAAUCGAUUCCGUUACAAGCCCCCCACCACUUUGCCAGGACGACAGCCGGAUCGUUCGAGUGAAAGGUCCCGACAUUGAGCACUUCGUCGAUCUGGAGCUGGAGGAAAUUUUCCAAGGGGCCGUCAAAAAGAUGCGAAUUACCCGCGAGGAAUUCAUCGGUGAAGCUCGAGUUCAAACGACCGUGGUCGAGGAUACGCUUACCGUUCAUACCCUACCGGGAGUUUCCACGGGGACGAAAAUUCGUUUCGAAGAAGCCGGAGACUGCAGUCCGAAGAUAAUACCCUCGGAUAUUGUUUUUGUGGUGCGUGAAAAAGCACACCCGAAAUUUCAACGGAAUGGAGCGGAUUUGCAUACGCUGGUGCCGAUUUCCCUGCAAGAAGCGAUGGUAGGAUUUCCACUGGAGAUAGAUGGCGUCGAUGGACGACAGUUGGUGCUGCAGAUUGUGGAUGUAGUUCAUCCGGAGUACGUUAAAGUACUGAAAGGGGAAGGUCUGCCUUUUCCGAACGCAGAAGAAGAUAAUAAACGAGGUGAUUUGUACGUGACAUUCAAAAGUAAGUAUGAAUUCGAAUCUGCGAUUUAG